GACUCGGCUGGUGGGAGCCCCUCCGCUCCUUCCUCCCAGGCACCAUGGAGGAUCCUCGCUCAGAUGUGGGCCGCUGGGGCGGGAGCCCCCGGCAGCCCCCCGCCACCCCGGAGCCGCAGCCGGAGCCGGAGGGGGACCGCCGCUCGCGGAGGGGGCGAGGGAGAGAGAGGAGGUCCUUCUGGGCCCGGUGCUGCGGGUGCUGCGGGUGCCGGAACCGAGACGACGAGGACUGGGGGCCGCAGCCCUCGGGCUCCCGGAACCGGGCCUCGGGCUCCAGGGACCGGAGACCGGCCUCGCGGGGUGCCGGGGUGAACGCGGCCGGGGACGGCACCAUCCGAGAGGGCAUGCUCGUGGUGACGGGCGUGGACCUGCUGAGCUCGCGCUCCGACCAGAACCGACGGGAGCACCACACCGACGAGUUCGAGUACGACGAGCUGAUUGUGCGCCGCGGGCAGCCCUUCCGCGCGGUGCUCUUCCUGAACCGCGAGUUCGAGUCCUCCGACCGCGUCGCCCUGGAGCUGCUCAUCGGGAACAGCCCCGAGGUGGGCAAGGGCACCCACGUGAUCAUCCCGGUGGGCAAGGGGGGCAGCGGCGGCUGGAAGGCCCAGGUGGCCAGGUCCAGCGGGCACAGCCUGGAGCUGCGCGUGCACACGUCCCCCAGCGCCAUCAUCGGCAAGUUCCAGCUCACGGUCCGCACGCGCUGCGAGGCGGGGGAGUUCCAGUUGCCCUUCGACCCCCACAACGAGAUCUACAUCCUCUUCAACCCCUGGUGCCCGGAUGACAUCGUGUACGUGGACCACGAGGACUGGCGGCAGGAGUACGUGCUCAACGAGUCGGGGAGGAUUUACUACGGCACGGAGGCGCAGAUCGGGGAGCGCACCUGGAACUACGGUCAGUUUGACCACGGGGUGCUGGAUGCCUGCCUGUUCAUCCUGGACCAGCGAGGGAUGCCCUACGCGGGCCGUGGGGACCCUGUCAGCGUGUCCCGCGUCAUCUCCGCCAUGGUGAACUCCCUGGACGACAACGGCGUCCUGAUCGGGAACUGGUCGGGCGAUUACUCGCGGGGCACCAACCCCUCUGCCUGGGUGGGCAGCGUGGAGAUCCUGCUGAGCUACCUGCGCACCGGCUACUCCGUGCCCUACGGCCAGUGCUGGGUCUUCGCCGGCGUGACCACCACCGUGCUGCGAUGCCUGGGCCUGGCCACCCGCACCGUCACCAACUUCAACUCCGCGCACGACACCGACACGUCCCUCACCAUGGACAUCUACUUCGACGAGAACAUGAAGCCGCUCGAGCACAUGAACCGGGACUCGGUUUGGAACUUCCACGUGUGGAACGACUGCUGGAUGAAGCGGCCGGAUCUGCCCUCGGGCUUCGACGGGUGGCAGGUGGUGGAUGCCACGCCCCAGGAGACCAGCAGCGGUAUCUUCUGCUGUGGGCCCUGCUCCGUGCAGUCCAUCAAGAACGGCUUGGUCUACAUGAAGUACGACACGCCCUUCAUCUUUGCCGAGGUGAACAGCGACAAGGUGUACUGGCAGCGGCAGGACGACGGGAGCUUCAAGAUCGUGUACGUGGAGGAGAAGGCCAUCGGCACGCUCAUCGUCACCAAGGCCGUGAGCUCCAACAUGCGGGAGGACAUCACGCACACCUACAAGCACCCGGAAGGCUCGGCGGCUGAGCGGAAGGCCGUGGAGACCGCCGCGGCCCACGGCAGCAAGCCCAACGUGUACGCCACGCGGGACGCGGCGGAGGACGUGUCGAUGCAGGUGGAGGCGCAGGACGCGGUGAUGGGGCAGGACCUGACCGUGUCCGUCGUGCUGAGCAACCGCGGUGGCAGCCGCCGCACCGUCAAGCUGCACCUCUACCUCUCCGUCACCUUCUACACGGGGGUGGCGGGCGCCGUCUUCAAGGAGACCAAGAAGGAGGUGGCGCUGGCGCCCGGCGCGUCCGACCGCGUGGCCAUGCCGGUGGCCUACAAGGAGUACCGGCCGCACCUCGUGGACCAGGGCGCCAUGCUGCUCAACGCCUCGGGCCACGUCAAGGAGAGCGGGCAGGUGCUGGCCAAGCAGCACACCUUCCGCGUGCGCACCCCGGACCUCUCCCUCACGUUACUGGGCGCCGCAGUGGUGGGCCAGGAGUGUGAAGUGCAGAUCGUGUUCAAGAACCCCCUGCCCGUGAACCUCACCAACGUGGUCUUCCGGCUCGAAGGCUCCGGGCUGCAGAGGCCCAAGGUCCUCAACGUCGGGGACAUCGGGGGCAACGAGACGGUGACCCUGCGGCAGACGUUCGUGCCGGUGCGUGCCGGCCCGCGGCAGCUCAUCGCCAGCCUGGACAGCCCGCAGCUGUCCCAGGUGCACGGCGUCAUCCAGGUGGACGUGGCCCCGGCCUCCGGGGGCAGCGGGUUCUCGGACGCCGGCGGGGAGGCCAUCCCCAUGGCCUCUCGAGGCGGCGCUUAGCCUGGAACCUUGGGACUGGACACUGCCCCGGGAUGGGGGCUCACCACGGAGGGGCUCUCCAGGAGCUCGGCGGCGGGGUCGGCCAGGGCCUCGGGGAAGGAGUUAAUUUGCACCUGCUCUGGGUGGCCCGGAUGAUAAUAAACUGGUUUGUUUGUUUGCUU